UAGCUUCACUCGAUGGAAAUUUCUUUCUCGACUUUUACCGUCAGCGCACGCUGAAAUCCAACGGUCAAAGAGUAAAAAAAGGAGUAACACUCUUUUCCUUGCUCCAGCCCGCUUGCUCGCGAGUAUGAUAAAGAGAUCUCCCAUCUUGCUCGUUUCACCCCAGCUUGAUCCGAGAAGAAUAGCAUGAGUGGAAGUGUCGAACAUGUGCCCGGGAUUGGCCGGUGCACUUUCUCGGCUGUGGAGAACUCCAAGGAGUCAGGUGCAAAGAUGUACAUGCGCGCGGACGUCGAAAUAUUUCUGAAAGGAACGGCUGGUCAGGACACGGACGGAGGGAUAGGGAGGAAGGCUGAUGGUGGACCGUGGGGGUGGGAGAGAUCCGGAAAGUCCUUGGCAAAAGGUGCAACCCCCAGAGCGCGGUUUCUUGAACAGAAACGAGAGAGAGAGAAAGAGAGAGAGAGAGAGAGAUAGAUAGAUAGAAGUAUGGUUGAUCGUGUGCGCUGCCGGUUGAAGAGAACGGGGUAGUCGUUCGGUCGUUCGUACGUGAAGGGUCGGUGUUAGGCAGUCGGAACAUGGCAUAGUGGCGCGGGAAGGAAUAGGCAGAGAGAGGAACCGACCACCGUUGGAAUGCGAGCGGAACGAGGACGACCGAGAGUUGGGCGAGAAAGAGAGAAAGAGGGCGAAAAUCGAGAGCGACAGGAUGGUAGCGGAAGAGAGAGAGAGAGAGAGAGGGAGAGGGAGAGGGAGAGAGAGAGAAGGAAGAAGAGGAACAGUUCCCGAAGAAGGAGGCAGAGAUGGAUGGAGGGAGAAGGAGAAAGAGAUACAGAGAGCCCACGAUUGGAGUGAGCGGGAGCGAGAACGGGGAGGGCGAAGGAUAGAGAUCCAUGGGGGAUGGUGCGCGCGUAGGGUCGCGCGCGACAACGAACGUGGGUGUUCUCGAGAAGGGAGGGGGGAAGGGAAGAGAGAGAGAAUGGUGGGAGAGAGAGAGCAGUAGGAGAAAAGCGGUGGGGACUCCCUAGGCCGAGGAACCAGUCGGGUCCCGGCUUCAGGUCGUGGCGGCGUUCAGUUCACAGGCGGAUGCCGUGGCGCGCGGUUGGCCUGUUCGGGACGUAUCGUACCGGAGUGCGUGUUUUCUCCCUGAGAGAAAAAGAGAGAGAGAGAGUGAAGCUUCGAGUUCGUUCAGAUAAGGAACGACAAGAUAGUGAUAACGGAGUUUUCAAAGUAAUCUCAUUUGAUCUGAAGAACGACGAGGUUUGUCCGAUAAAAUCUCGGCUCCAAUCCGACGGACGUAUCGUGGACCUCUCCGUUCGGUUCGUGAGAAACAAGUUGGAAUGAAUAAUUUUUCCUCCGCGAGUCAUCGGUUCGAUGGAACCUAUCGAUCGUAAUUACAGUGGAUAGUGUGGUAUCUGCUUGAUCGCGCAAAUCGCAGCGCAACUUUCAUAGCGUCGCGACGACGGACGUCAGGCAGGGAGACGAGAGUGACGCGCAGAUAAACAGAUCGAGAGACGCGAAGUGGUUGUCUAUCACCGCGCGCGACUCGCUACCGAGAGAGUUAUCGGUUUCGUAGUUACAGAAGGGCGUAAUCGAGGCGCUCGUAAAGUGAGUGAGUGACAGUGGCGGAAGUGUGUGAUCGCCAGGGCGGCGGAUGAUAGGAAGUUCUUAACGACACGGGUGUGUAUAACGGCGGAGGAUCACCGAUUCCCCGAGACCGACGCUCAAACUCGAGAUUACGAGUUCAGGGACAUCUCUCGUCGUCGAUAUUUCUGAGUGAUGUUUUGAGCAGCACACCGCACGGAAAGAUGAAGACUGCGGUCGGUACAUUCCUUCUUUUGCUCGUCAUCAACGGCGUCGUCUCCGUCGAAUGGAAGCACAGUGCUGUCCUGGACAACAAUUUCUUGGUGCUCUGGACGCCCGAUGAGAAGGACGUUACAUUCGAGAUCCAAGUGAAGACCCUCGGCUACGUCGGGCUCGGUUUCACGAAGGACGAUGGCCGCGCCGGAGCUGACAUGGUCAUCGGAUGGGUCGAUAACAACGGUCAGGUUCACCUUCAGGACCGGCACGUGAAGGACGCCAGCAGAGAUCCGCAGAUGGAUUCGAGCCAGGACUACCGACUUUUACUGGGUUACGAGAACAAGACGCACACAGUGCUUCGCUUCAGUAGACGAUACGACACAUGCGACCCGCGGGACCUGAAGAUCACGAACGACACGAUGCAAGUGGUGUGGCAAUAUCACGUCGAGGAGCCGGUAUCAGCGGCCGGUAUUUUACCCGAUCACGGGGCAGUGCGAGGCUCGAGACCGUUAUAUUUGGUGCAAAGAGACGCACAGCCCAGACGAAGUUCGCGUAAUCAGGAAACGGAUCCACCUUUAAAAAUCUGGGACAUUCUGAACAAGCAGGUUCGUUUACCCAUGGGGCAAGACACGCUGCUCUGGUGCCGUGUCCUGAGGAUGCCGAGCAUUAAUCAGAAACACCACGUCGUGAAGUAUGAACCAGUUAUUCAGCCGGGAAGCCACGAAUACCUUCACCACAUGACCCUGUACGAGUGCCGCGGAGAUCAAGCCGAAUUGGAAUCCGCGGCCGAAACUACCGGGGGUGUCUGUUAUGUUCCUGAUAAACCCACAUUCCAGUGCAACACGAUCGCAGCCACUUGGAGUCUCGGUUCUGAGGGCUUUAAUUAUCCGCCGGAGGCCGGAUACGCGCUCAAUCCGUACGCGGGGCCGCGCUACUACAUGUUGGAGACCCACUACACGAACCCGCAGCUGGACGCCUUCAUCAGCGACAGCAGCGGCCUGCGUCUUCUCUACACCGAUCGACUGCGCGGCCAUGACGCUGGUAUCCUCAGUGUUGGCAUCGACCCGAACUGGCGGCACAUAAUACCGCCCGGCCAGCCUGAGGUGGUCUCCGAGGGCCACUGCAUCGCCGAUUGCACCGGUCAGACGAUACCGAACAGCGGCAUUAACAUGUUCGCCGUGAUCAUGCACACCCACCAGCUCGGUAGAAAGGUCCGCCUGCGGCAGAUCCGCGCCAGCGAAGAGCUGCCGCCGAUCGCCGCCGACACCAACUACGAUCCCAAUUAUCAGGAGUAUCGGAGGCUUCAGAGACCGGUCAAGGUGUACCCGGGCGAUCAUUUAGUCACCGAGUGCACGUACUCGUCUGAAUCUCGUACGGCCAUUACACUUGGCGGCCUGGGAACGAGAGAAGAAACUUGCCUGGUGUCCGUUCUCUAUUAUCCUCGUAUUGAAUUAUCUCUUUGUUAUUCAUUGCCUUCGCUACCGACGGUGCUGCACAGCUUGGGAAUCCAGAAAUUAAUACAAGCUUCCAGUCCGGUGAUGAUCCAGGAGCCGCCGAACUUAAAGGGCAUGACGCUCGAGGAACGACUAGUCAGCUACGACUGGGAAUCAAAUUUCCAAAGUUUCCAAGAAGCCACUCGAAGUGGCACGUUUAAGCCGUUAUGUGGUAGCAGUAAAGGUGCUCUGCCCGGUACAGAAAACCUCGAGGUGCACUACCCACGCAUCCUCAGGCCCUACGAGGAAGCGAGCGUGCCCUGCGCGAAGAAGCCACUGCGGAACAAACUGUCGAUGUUGCUGAGCGAGGACGGCGAUAUUGGUGCGCCCGUUGAUCCUGACAGCGACGAGUCGAACGCAGUCGAGCGGGGUCAAUUGGUGCGUAGCAAGGUGUCCCGCAGCAGCGACGCGGGUCCCACAGCUGGUAGUUCCUGCGGCCGUACGGUAUCGGCGGCUGUGAUCCUGGCCGCCGUCACUGUCGUCGCCGGCGCUGCGUUCAGGUGAACGUCGCCGCCGGAUGAGUGGUCGUUCGAGUUCACUCGGAUCCAGGAUCGCCUUGGUGGUCAUCCAUCGCGAUCGAAUGGCGGACCGAGCAACAGCAGCAGUAGCAACUGGCGCGUACGUAUGUUCGCGUAAGUAUAUGCCAAUCUCAGCGAUGCGAUACUUAGGCUUAGAUAAAUGUUAUCGUUCUCCGACCGAGCGCAUCCGGGAACGCAUUCGAUUCUCGGGUGAUUCGAUCAGUGGGCUCUUUUUUUUUCGAAGUGGAGCGACCUUUCCGAUAUGACUAGUGGCUGGCGCAAUCUUCGUCGUAUACCAUAUCGUGUUUCAUACUGGAUAGAUAAUAAAAGUUACAGCCAUUCAGCCUUCGUUACUGAAUAGUGAAAUGUUUAAAGUGAGAUAAUCGAAGCUAACUUGAUAUAUUUAAUU